UUUCUCCCUCCCCCAUUUCAACCUUCCCCUUUUCUCAACUCACACUCACCCAUCAAUUGAUUGGUAUCUAACAAUUCUUGAUGCCUGGUUUUCGCUCGCAAUAAUCGUCCCAGACUCUUCUCCGUCUCGGUUCUCCUAACCCGCGUCUUUCCACCGCCAUGAGCGCCGUGCUGCUCCGGAGACAUCCGGAACCGUCGGCGCUGACAAGGAUUGCCCUGCAAUCAUGCCGAUUCCACACUUCAGGACGAACGAUACCAAGGGGAGCAAUCGCCGCGCGGGGGUUGCCUCUCCAGCGCAGGCCGGCUCCCCAAUGCCUGCCAUCCCGCACCGUCGUGAACAGCCGCCUAUCUGUGCGACACAAAGCAACCACCGCUAAAGAGGACCCCCGCCCCAAAUCCCCCGUCACGAGCGCGGUAGUCAAAGCCUUCGCAUACUGCGGAUUCUUCAUCGUGAUGAGCGGCGCCGUCGUCGUCGCCUUCUUUGUCUACGACGCUACCACCUACCGCGAGGAUGGUGUUGUCGAGGAUAUCCCCGUGUCGGAGCUGGCGCUGAACCCCCGGCACGGGGGUCCGAAGAAUCUACCCAUCGCGGAGUUUCUGAUCGGCGACCAUGACUCCGAGGAGAUGAUGGAGCAGAAGGAUAAGCCUCGGCUGGUUAUUUUGGGUACUGGGUGGGGCAGUGUUGCUUUGCUGAAGCAGUUGAAUCCGGGUGACUAUCACGUUACGGUGGUUUCCCCUGCGAAUUACUUCCUGUUUACGCCGAUGCUCCCGUCUGCGACGGUGGGAACGCUUGGGCUGAGGUCGCUUGUGGAGCCGAUUCGUCGGAUCGUGCAGCGCGUUCGUGGGCACUUCUUGAAGGGCGAGGCUGUCGAUGUCGACUUUUCGGAGAAGUUGGUGGAGGUUUCUGGGGUUGAUACGCAUGGCAAGCCGCGGAAUUUUUAUGUCCCGUAUGAUAAGUUGGUGAUUGGUGUUGGCUGCAUCACAAACGCCCACGGAGUUAAGGGCCUCGAGAACUGCCACUUCCUCAAGACGAUCGACGAUGCGCGCCAGAUUAAGAACCAGGUUCUGGAGAACAUGGAGCGUGCUUGCAUGCCGACCACGACGGAUGAGGAGCGCCGGCGUCUGCUGUCUUUCGUCGUCUGCGGCGGAGGCCCGACGGGGGUGGAAUUUGCAGCGGAGCUGUUUGAUAUGCUUAACGAGGAUCUGCUUUACUCGUUUCCCAAGCUCUUGAGGAAUGAGAUCUCUAUUCAUAUUAUUCAGAGUCGCACGCAUAUUCUUAAUACGUAUGACGAGGCGCUGUCCAAGUAUGCUGAGGCUCGAUUUGCCCGUGAUACUGUUGAUGUCCUCACCAACUCUCGGGUGAAGGAAGUGUGCGCGGAUCGGGUGGUCUUCUCGCAGUUGGAGGACGGCAAGCCGGUCGUCAAGGAAAUCCCAACAGGCUUCUGCCUAUGGUCGACCGGUGUCGCCCGAGCAGAGCUCUGCAGCAAGCUCUCGGACAAACUCGACGCGCAAAACAACAAGCACGCCCUCGAAACCGACACCCACCUGCGCCUAAUCGGCGCCCCCCUAGGCGACGUCUACGCCAUCGGCGACUGCGCCACCGUCCAGAACAACGUCGCCGACCACAUCGUCUCCUUCCUGCGCACCAUCGCCUGGGAAAAAGGCCGCGACCCGCAAAAGCUACACCUCACCUUCCGCGAAUGGCGCGACGUCGCAUCACGCGUCAAGAAGCGCUUCCCCCAGGCAUCCAACCACCUCCGCCGCCUAGACCGCCUCUUCGAACAAUACGACAAAGACCACUCCGGCACCCUCGACUUCGGCGAACUCUCCGAGCUCCUCCACCAAAUCGACACAAAGCUCACCUCCCUCCCUGCCACCGCCCAGCGCGCAAACCAGCAAGGCGAAUACCUCGGCCGCAAGCUGCGUAAGAUCGCGGCCGCGACGCCCGGCAUGCGCACUAACGAGAUCGACUACGGCGAUCUCGACGAGGCUGUCUACAGGGCCUUUAAGUACCGCCAUCUCGGCAGUCUGGCGUAUAUCAGCAAUGCGGCUGUGUUCGACUUUGGCGGCAGGAACUUCGCGGGCGGCGUGCUGGCUAUGUAUCUCUGGCGGAGUGUGUAUUUUGCUCAGAGCGUUAGCUUCCGGACGAGGUGUAUGCUAGCUAUGGAUUGGGCGAAAAGGACGCUGUUUGGGAGAGAUCUCAUGAGCUUCUAAGUGGUAAGUAAUAGAUAGAGAGAAAGGUGGAAGACUAGAUCACAAAUCAGUGGAAUAGUCAGUAAUAUAUCUUCCAUGUCACUUGACAAUCCACACCCCUCC